GCCGGGAACUCCCUCUCCUCCGCGGCUGCCGAGGAAGGGAGGGAUCAGCGAAAGGGGAGGCAGGAGCCAAUAGAGGCAGCCAGAGGUGGAGGAGAGCAGACAGCCGGCAGCAGUGGCAAAAACCCUUUGGUGAUCAACAAAACGGCCAGGGACGAAGGAGGCAGGGAUACUCUGGUGGUUGAGAAUGGUCCCAAUGACAGCAAAGGAGCCAGGACCCCUCUGGAAGCCAGAUUGGAAGCCAGCAGAGAAGAGAGGAGGCUUGGACAGUUGUCAAGGUGAAGCUUCUAAGAAAGCUGGGAAGCAGGCCAGCAAUUGCAAUGCAGCCAGAAGUGGGACAGAGUCCUUCUGAAGGAUAGAAGGAUUGCUGGCAGUGGUCCAGUCAAGAAGCUUGGAGAGCUGGCUCAGGCAAUGGAACUCUGUGGCUCAGGCAACACAGGGUCCUCUUGCCUAGGUUCUGGUUGCACUGGCCCAAGCAACACAGGAUCAGGUUGUUCAGGCCCUCUGGAUUCUCUGGACACUGUGGCUGCUUGCAAGUGCAGGAUUCAUAGUGUCUGAGGUUGCCAGCUCCAUUUCUAAGCUAGCAAGCUCUGGUGAGGCCCCAGGCAGCGCAAGCUCUGAGGCUUGCCUGGCAUCAUCAGACCCAGGCAGAGAGGCAGACUCCAGGUGCUCAGACUCCAGUUCAGCCAGCUCAGACAGGUUGCUCAGAUGAACAGAUCCUCGAGACAAAGACUGUUCGUGUUGGGGAGAAUAUAAACCUGACGUGCACCCGCAGGGAUGUGGGAACCUUGUUUUGGAUCAAGCUGGUUUCAGGAAAAUUUCCUAAAAUCUUAGGGAGAUCAUUUAGCUCUCAGAGUGAUGAUCAGCACAUUCGAACUGGAACAGAGCCUGGAACAUUUGUUCUGUAUAUUACAAAAGCACAGCAAAGUGAUACAGGAGUUUACAUCUGCAUGAAAACAGCAAAUCGAGAUUUAACAUUUUUGAAUGGAAUCAACCUGAAAGUUGAAGGACCAGACCCUGUUUUCACUACUGCUGCUCCACCUGAUCCUGUCCACCAACCCACAGUGACUCUGCAGUGUUCGGUCCUCCAAGACUUCCAGAAUAAAACAUGUCCAGCCGAUGGCAGAGUGUUCUGUUUGAGUGCAGAAUCACAUCAGUCUCACCCGGGUUUUAAUUACAGUCAUAUGGAUGAUGGAGAUGAACAUGAAAAGAACUCAGAGGAACUGUCAACAAAGAAAUGUUUCUACAGUUACUUCAGGAACUCCUCUGACUCUCAGAAUUAUUACUGUGUUGUGGCCACAUGUGUGGAUUCAUUUUCUGGAAAUAAAACAGCAGGACAUACUGAAGUCAACAGGAGCAAUUCAAAGAAGGAUGAUACAAUUCUCUAUCUGUUGUGUGCUGCUUUGGCUAUAAGUCUGAUUGUUAUAGCCUUUCUAGUGUAUUCAAUCAAGAAACUAAAGAAGAAAUCAUAUGUGUAUUCUAAUGUUGACAAUACAGUUGCAGUUGCCCUGCAAACAAAUGUAAUUUCAAGUGGUGAUCAGGAAAAUGUGCAGACAGAUGAGAACAUGGUUUAUUCAGCACCAACUUUUAAAAAAGCGAGCAAAUCAGGAACAAGAGAAACAAAACCUGCAGAGGAAGAAAGCAUCUACACUGAUGUCAAGACUCUUGGGCUAGAUUAAGAUUUAUUAUCA